GGGUUUGUUGCGGAGCGAAGGAAGAGCGGAUCAAGAUGCCGGCCACCGCGGGGCGAGUUCGCAUGCCCGCCAACAAUCGCGUGCACAGCAGCGCGGCGCUACAGACUCACGGGAUUUGGCAGAGCGCAAUCGGGUAUGAUCCCUACGCCCCGGAUCGCAAGGACCCCUCUGGCGGGGAGAGGGCGGCGCCGGUGCCGGCAGGAGAGAAUGCCUACGAUAGCUUCCAGGGAUUGCUGGCGCUUGCGAAGAUCCAGAGCGGUCAGGUUUCCAGCAGCGACGAGCCCCGCGGCGCCUGCCGGCGAUGCAAGCGAGUUGGGCAUCUACCAUUCCAGUGUAGGAAUUUCCUCGCGGUGGCCAAGGAGGACGUGGGCAAUGGGGCCGUGGCGGUGGAGGGCAACACCAAGGGCGGAAAGCGCGAAGAGACUCAUCCGGGGACCGACUCCGACAAGGGUAGUGACUCCGACGACGAUAGCGACUCGGACAGUGAUGUGGAUUCGGAGAUGGAGAGGGCGAUCGCGAAGAAGAUGUCAUCCUCGUCCCGGAAGAAGAAGCGCUACUCCUCGGAGGAGAAGGACGAUAGCUUGAGCAGUGACGAUUCGGAGGGUGAUAGGAAGCGCAAGAGACACCAUAGCCAUCGCAGCAAGAGCAGGAAAUCCAGCUCCAAGAGGAGCCGGAGGGACUACACGUCGACUGAUGACGACGAGAGCUCCCGGGAGAGGAGGAAGCGCCAUCACCGCAGCAAGAAAUCGUCAUCGUCGUCGAGCAAGAGGAGCCGCAAGGACCACUCGCGAAAGAAGGAGAGGGACAAGAAGCGAUCAUCCAAGUCGAGGAGAUCGCCCGAGGCUAGCGGUUGACGAACUAAAGUGGGAUUUCACGGAUCUCCCAACUUUCCACCAUCCAACUUGACAGGAAUUUAUAAGCGUCGAUCCAGAGGCUCGACGUUCAUGUACUAUGGAUGAACCAAGAAAGAAAAAAGAUACGGAAGCAAGCACUGUUCUUCAGUAUAGAUGUACUUUCGGUGAAAACUUUCGGUGAAAAAUAGCUAUUGUAAAAGUGUGGAAUCGCAGAAACUAUUGACAGUUUUUCCUUUGAA